AUGGAGCCCAGCGCUUGGUGUGAGGCUGAAGUGACACCUGAGUGCACACCCCAGCUCGCAGAUUACGAAGCAGCUGUACAAGUUCCUGCUCAGCACCAGAAAGAUUUCCUAUGGGUGCUCCUCAUCACUGCAGGAGUGGUGUUCUCAAUCUUCUUUUUUAUCACUGAAAACCCUUUUGACACUACAAGUUUUCUGUCUUUGGAGGAAAAGGAGCUGGUAGCUUGGCAGAGAGCCCGGAUGCAGCUCAUCCCUGGUAGAACACACCACCUGCAAGCCUUCAAAGAUAUGCAGAAAAACUCAGAAACACUAAAAAAUGUGAACUCCCAUAUCUUGAUUGGAGCUCCUCCUGUGGAAAAAAAACUGCUGACCAUAGGGAUUUCCUCAGUGCAGCAUCCCCAAGGGAGAGACCUCGUGAACACUCUGCAGUCUCUCUUCUCUGCUUCCUCCUCAUCUGAGCGGAAACACUUCACUGUUCUGGUCCACCUGGCAGGUCCUGAGCCCAAGUGGCUUGUUCAAAUGAUCUAUAAUCUCUCAGCCCUGUUUAAAGCACACAUCCAGGCCAGAGAGCUAGUAGUGAUCACUACUCCUCUCAAAAGCUACCUUCCCUUGAGGGACCUUAAGAAAACCUUUUAUGACCCUACCGCCCGUGUAGCCUUCCACUCCAGGCAGAACAUGGACUAUGCCUUCCUCAUGAACUUUGCUACCCACCACUCUGACUAUUUCCUGGUGGUAGAAGAUGAUGUGAAAUGUGCCUCCGGAUUUGUCACCCAGAUAGCUACUGCAGUGUCUGCCUGGGCAAACAGGCCUUGGGUGACCCUGGAGUUCUCCCAGCUGGGCUUCACCGGGAAGCUCUUCCGCACAGGAGACUUGCCCCGCUUUACCCACUUCCUUCUCCUCUUCUACCGAGAGAUGCCCUGUGACAGCCUCCUCUCCCACUUCCAUGACCUCAUGCAGCAGACACCGAUCCAGUUCCUGCCCUCCCUCUUCCAGCACCUGGGCAACUCCUCGUCCUUUGAGGAAGAGGAUGUCGGCUCUCCCAGCAACCCUGCUGCCUCUGUCCACACCAGCCUUCAGGUUGCCAAUGACUCUGUUCCCUCAAACGCAUACAGCCUGGAUGAGAAUUUCUUUUACACCAAAUCGGCUGAGGCUGGCAGCCAUCUGACUGUGGUUUUGGACGUACCUGCCCAAGUAUCCCGAGUUCAAGUGCUGACUGGCUCUGACCUGAGAGAUGAGAAUCAGCUGGAAGAGGGACAGGUGGAACUGGGCUGUGAUUCUACAAAUAGGGGUCCAGCUCCUGCUCACUUCCUGCCAAGCGCCAGGCCCAGCACCAUGUCCCUGUGGAAAUACGCUGUCAUGGUUGUCUCCUUCAUCUCCCUGAGCUUGUUCCUCCUGGACAAUAAGAAAGAACUCGAAUACAGCAUAUCAUUGGAGGAAAAGGAGAAGGUACUGCAGCAGCUGGACCAGGAGCAAAUCAGCUCUGAAAGCAAGAACCACAUGGAGACCUUCAAGAAGAUGCAGAUAAACUCCCCUAUGCUCCAGCACGCCAACUACAAAGUCAUGGCAGGAGCCCCUCCGUGGGAGAAGAAACUGCUGACGGUGGGGAUCUCCUCAGUGCAGCGUCCUCAUGGGAGGACCCUCUUGCGCACCCUGCAGUCCCUGUUCGAAGCUUCCUCAGAGCCGGAGCUAAACUAUAUCGUGGUGCUGGUCCACCUGUCAGAUCCUGACCCUCAGUGGCUCAGCCAAACAGUUGCCAAUAUUUCAGGCCUCUUCCAACCUCAUAUUGAGGCCCAGAAGCUGCUUGUGAUCCAUGGUCGUCUUGGUGGCUCUUCUGUCCCAGGAGAUCUGGGUAACACUAAUGACGACUCGCCCUGUGAAGCUGUCUAUUCCAGGCAGAAAGUCAAUUAUGCCCUCCUUAUGAACUUCGCUCUCAGCCUCUCUGAAUACUUUUUGAUGAUAGAAGAUCAUGUUUACUGCAUCCCCGGAUUUGUUUCUACCAUCUAUUGGGCCCUGUCAGCCUGGAAAGAACGACCCUGGGUGACUCUGGAGUUCUCCAGCCUGAGCUUCUCUGGAAAGGUUUUCCACAGCAGUGACCUCUCCCGCCUGGCUACUUUCCUCCUCCUCUUCCCCAAGGACACACCUACUCACUUGCUUCUCUCUGAAUUCCGUCUUCUCUUGGCCCAACACAUUCCCAUUCGUUUCGGUUCCCCAGUCUUCUAUGCCAUGAGCAGUUAUUCUGCUGAGGACACCUGCUUUCCUGUGCAGAAGGAAAUGGUCUUUGGUGAACCGGACAACCCCAUAGCCAGUGUUGUCACUGACAUGAUGACAAUAUCAGAUGUGAUUCCCCAAUACGCUUAUGUUCUGAACGAUGAGUGCUAUUCCACCUUUGAUCCCUUAAGAGGCAACUACCUGACGGUGAUUUUGGAAAGGCCACAGAAAGUCAUCCGCAUACAGGUGCUGACAGGUUCUGACGAAGAAAGGCUGUACUGGCUGCAAAAGGGCCAGAUAGAACUGGGCUACAAUACCCUGGAGUAUUCUGAAGGCUGUGCUCAAUAUACCCUGCUUGGACCACUGGUGCAGGGAAAUCUGGAUCAGAGGGUAUUUUAUGGUGAAGACGCUGUGGGGGAGUUGAGCUGCAUACGACUGCUGGUGCUGGCCUCUCAAGACUCCUGGCUCCUAAUCAGGCAGAUCAGGGUCUGGACUCAGCCCGAGGAAGAGAGCUAGAGGCACAAUGGGAAUUCUGCAAGGACUGGUCUUGGGAAUGCAGUCUGCAUGGCUGGCAAGUAAUAAAACUA